CUUUUCUCCCCUCCUUAAAUGCAUCUCACGUCACGCAAAUGGUGGACAUCGUGAACACAGCACCAGCUUGUAGGACGAGGCCCUCGUCCAAACAUCGGCUUUGAAAAUGUCUACAGUCGAUUGUGAGCGCCCGGACAGCUUGGACGAGUGGGUCGCGGUCAAAAGUAACAUAUUUGAAGAAGCCGAAGUGUUUAAAUUGGGUUUUAUCGUCCAGUGGAACGUCAUCGAAUGCAAGUUCGCAGUCACCUGCCACAACAGGACAUUACAGCGGCGGCGACGAAAAGAAGAGUUCGGGCUAGCUGGUGGCCUUCAAAGCAGUUGGGCAGGACUCUUCUCAGUGAACGACUUAAAACACAUCCACCAGCAUCUUACGUGUGUAAGCGAUGUGUUGGCGGCUUGUUUUCCCGAUUUGUCCGACUUCGAAGACGGCAACAUUUGGGAUUUGCUCUUCCCGAGUCGGAAGUGCGGUUCGGAUGACGCUCAGAGGGACUCGGACGCACCGUGUCGAAAGCUGGAGAAGUACUUCAGCACAGCCAUUGACGUUUGCGGGAGGACCAUAGUGCUCGACACGCUUUUCUCGCAGGACGAGAAGGACGUGGACGACUACUUUGAGAACCUCCAGGAGUUCAAAAGGAAGAGCAUGCACGACGAGAUGUCCAGGGCCAAAGAUCACUUGCGGCAGCUGCUGCAGAGUCACGACUGUGCCGACCGCAUGGUCGCGCUGCUCGCCAUCUACGCGCAAGAGGACGAGGCAUACCAGGAGCUGGUCACUGAGGCUACGUCCUUCUUCCAGUAUCUGCUGCAACCGUUCAGAGACAUACGAGAGCUGGCCUGUCUCUAUAAAAUGGAAAUCCUGAAGUCCAUGGAGUUGGAUGAUUUGGGUCCUAAGAGGAUUGAAGCACUAGAGAGGGAAGCGGAGGAGUGGAGGGCCAAAGCGGAAGACGCGGUCGCUUCCAUUCAGGAUAUCACAGUCACCUACUUUGCACAGACGUCCAAGGCUCUGACUGGUAUGGUCAAGCAAAUGGAGGAGGACAAGCAUCGCUUCGGUGCCGCCGCCUGGGCGUCCGCUGCUCCCCGACUGGAGAAAUUGCGUGUCCUGUUGGCUAAAGAAGCCUUGCAGCACAUGAGAUCAACGGAAAUGUGUUUAAACAGGAAGAAAGCCAGCAUUAAAAAAGAGUUCGUCAGCUUGUACGGCAAAGACCGGACCGGAACGGGUGACUCUGGUUCUGCGUCGGACCAAAAUUCCUUGGACCGACUUGAGUUACAGUUCUACGAAACGCAACUGGAACUGUACAACACCAAAUUUGAAAUCCUGAAAAAUGAAGAACAGCUGCUGGUGACACAAACGGACUCCCUGCGACGGCAGAUCCGAGAGCUGAAGGAGGAAGUGGUGUAUUAUGAUGUGUGUGAGGAUCCUGAGGAGCUUCACAGCAUGGUCCACACAGGACUUCAACACACAGAGCCUCCAGCUGUCCGUCAAUUGAAAAGACGUUUGCAGAACCUGGAAACCAAAAGAGGCGCUAUCUGCGCUCAGCGAGCCAGACUGCGCAACAAAAAGGACCAGUGCGUGGAGGCCCACGAGCAGAAGCAACUUGCGGCUGAGCAGAAAUCCAUGGUCUUCGCGCAGCAUCAUCAGGUCCACUUGAAACGAGAGAAGAAAAAGGAGGAGGAGCAGAGGAGGAAACAGUGGGUGGACCAGGAGCGAGAGAAGACUCUCAGCAGAUUAAGAUCUUUCAGAGAGAAGCAGCAGGGUCAAUAUGUGCUGAAGACCUCUCAAUACCGGAAAUCGACUAAGAAGUCAUCUCCUCCGACGUCCCAGCCGCUGUCCUUAAUCAACCUCAGUCCUUCUCUCACCUCCGACGAGCUUCCAUCCAUCCGCGCUGCACCUUCGCUCAAAUAUGGUCAACCCGGAGACCUUCCGGUUGAAAUCUUCUUUUCGUCGCCGCCUCCUUACAGUGGAGCCGUGAUGUCACCGCCGACUCGUCCUCCACCGCCGCCACCUCCUCCGCCACUUCCACCCAUGAGCACUUCUCAUGAGGAAAAACCAAUGCCGCUCAGAGAAAAAUCUCAACUUCCAGCCAGGAACACACUUACUCAAAACAUAGGAACCAUGGAUGAAGUGCUGGCCUCGCUGCAGAGACUUCGAAAGGCCUCCGUACCCGGGACGCCUCCUCCCCCGCCGGCCGGGGAUCCCAGAAGCAAUCUCAUGUUGGCCAUCCGGCAGGGGGUCACCUUGAAAAAGGUUCUACCGUCGCCGUCGCCUUCCGGUAUCCACGUCGGCAGCCACGACAAUGAGUUGGAGAAAAGCAUCAGAGCCGCCAUGAUGAGGAUGAAGAAGGUGGCGGCUGACUCUGACGAUGAUGAUGAUGACUAUGACGGGCACAACGGAGACUGGGAUAGUUGAGGACGUGCAAGCACACACAUAAAUCUGAUCUUCCAAAUUUGUGUAACGGAAGGAUACAAAUUAAAAUGGAGAAUGAAGCUCCAGUAUUAGGAAAUGAAGUUGCAAUACAAGUUUGAAUUUCGGAAAGUUUUUUCAACUAUGUGCCUUGCAAUUGACUGGCGACCAGUCCAGGAUGGUGGCGACCUGUCACUCAGCUAGCACAUUCACUGACACUGAAGCUUAGCGUGUAGACGAGUACCUUUUGUGCUGCUUCCUCUCACCAUUACAUGUUUUUUAUGUGGGCAGAAAGCUUUGUUACACUGGUUUUUCUUGCCCUUUUAUUAAAUGCAGGAUUAUGAAUGUGUUUCUACCCAAGAAAUGUAUGCUUUGGGUAAUUAUUUGACCUGCUUGCACUGACCGUUCUAUUUAGUGCAUAUUGAGGCAAGGCACACAUUUUUACAAUUGGAAAAUCAAAUGUAAGAUAAGUGUAUAAAGUGGUACCUUGAGAGAGAUUUGUUCCACGAGCUCAAAAUUGAAAUUGCGUGUGUGUGGGAGGGGGGGAAUUCCGCCACUGGAAAAACCACCACCAAUUAUCGUUACUCGUCUUACCAAACAAUAAUGGCAAUAUAAAGUAAAAAGUAAAUAAUCAAAGAUCUCAGUUAAGACAAAAUUGUCAGCUCUGGUUGGUCAUUUGAUUAGUUCAGUAUAGGGCCACUUCAGUUAUUUUGAAAGCUGACUAACCCCAAAAAAUUAUGGGGCUCAGCGGCACCCGCUGCUCGGUAGGGAAAGAAACUAGAGUGCCAGAAGUCAAGUCUCCAAACAGGCAGCCACAAUUGGGUCGGGGCACCAGAAAUAGAAGCUCUAGUUAUCGCAAGUCGUUUUUAAGAAAGCAAGUGUCACUAGGAUGAUUAUGAAAGUCUCCGGUUCAACUUGGAACAGCGGAAAGAAAAUUGAAAAAUGCCUCCCGCGGAUGUUAAUACGACAAGAUCACCGAUUUGCAGAUUUCGCUGUCAAUCAAAAAGUGAUUCAGCCUCAGAGAGAUUAAUCAUUCAAUCAUUAUCAUGCAGAAAACCAGAGCGUCCGGAGCAGCCGAUCCCCGCCCACUGCCCAUAUACCCCACAUGCCCAUAGAGCACAUUUAGGGGUCGUUUACAUGGUGACAGCAAGACGCAACUAUGCGUAAAUGCCUAUAGCAAAAACUGAAGGCGAAGACACAAACUUUUGAUUCCGGCCUCCGAAGCGGAACGAUUCAAAUGCAGGGAUCGCUCCGCAGUGUCAGCAAUAAAAUUAACUUACAACUCAUAAUAAUAAGUUGAAAAUGGGCAUUUUUGGCUUCCCAUCAUUUUUGAAGGGAAUUCUAAAUCAGGCUUCUUAGGACAGCUAUAAUUUUAACCAAGAUCAUCACCCAUUGAAUAUGGUAGGCCCGCCGGUGUAUCCUCUGAUUUACAAUUGGUGUCUUUAGUGGGGCAAAUUGAAACUCCACUCACUUAAAAUUACGUAUAUAUAUCUCGCCUUUUCGGUCCUCAGGUGGUUUUGGCCAAUCAAAGCAAAUGACCGUCUAAAAUGCUAGUCACAUGAUCUGUUCGAAAAAUAAUUUUUGACCCGUUCUAAUUUUUUUUUUUUUUUUUUUUUUGUUCAUUUCAUUCAUUUUUGCAUUACAACUUAUAAAGACAAUAUUUUACCUGAAAACUCUAAAUUUUAAAUCGUAUAUAGGAAAGUCAAUUACAUGCAAUGACACUUUUCGACCAUCCAACGGGGCCAUGCCUUAAACUUGGCGUAUGGUGGAUGCCAUUGCUUCAAGUGGGCGGGUAUGUUGUCUCCAGCGCUGAGGAGGUUAUUGUCUGGGAGUGCAUCAUUGGCUGUCGCCUUGUAAAACUGCACUGCCCUCUAGGGCCUGACAUGAAUGAACUACAUCGUUCUCAUGCGGGAUCGCAACAUUGUUUGAAUGGAGAUGGAACCAUGUAAAUGCAACCAUGAAAUUUUUCGUGUUAUUGGAACGUCACCAUGUAAACAGGCCCUUAAUGACGUGUACACACAACAGUAUGCAUUUGAUCCCUUUUUUUUUUUUUUUUUUUUUUUUUUUUACAUUUGCUUCCCUUGCACUUUUAGAGCAAUCUACGGUAGUUUAGCUCAGCGGUUGGAGAGCUCGACUCUCAUUUCCUGGAGUGAGGCAUGGAUUUACAACAGCAUGUAGGAUCUGCCAUGAUAGGGUUAGCCCUAAGCGCGCUUUUCUUCGUACAUGGACGACACAUAUGCUUAUUAAAUUCAUUUUGGGCAAAUUUAAUCGUUGGAUAUUGUUUGCAACCCUGGUUCAGCAUUGACAUCUUUGUCGAGCAAAAAAAAAAAAAAAAAAAAAUACAACCCCUAACUUGUAA